GCAAAUUCCAAUUUACCAUGGAAACCAAGAGAAGUGUCCUGGCAAUACUGGCUCUCUGCCUGUUAUGCGCUGCAGUAACAGAAAGCAUCCCAGUGUCAAGGACCGGAGAACUCAGGUGUUUGUGCAUAAAGACAGAAAGCAAGCCUAUCCAUCCCAAGCACAUAAAGAAUAUCGAGAUGAUCCCUAAAGGGCCCCACUGCAAAAACGUGGAAGUCAUUGCAACUUUGACAAGUGGGGACGAUAUCUGCUUGGAGCCAACAGCCCCAUGGGUUAAGAGGAUCAUUGAAAAAAUUCUAGCUAGCUCUAAGACACCUGUUUCUGCUCUUUAAGUUGCUGAAAGUUCCAUCUACAUUGGGAUGUCAACAUUGAGUGGAACCUGCUUGUGCUUUCUCAUAUUUGAGAACAACGUAUCAACCAGAUUACAACUUUCUCAAGCAAUCAAAGCUGCUGGGAGAGAAAAGAGGAUUACUACUAUGUGGUUUGCAGAAUAUCCUUGCUAAAUAAUAUAUUUAUGUUUCCAGUCAAUAGGGAUAUUUAUAUAGGAAAUCAGACACAAGAUUGAGUAUAAGUUACAACAUUGAAAAGUAUUCUUAGUACCUUUUUUGAAGUUCAGAAAUGUGUAUCCAUGAAAAGCUUGUUCUAAGGAAUAAUCAUAGAAUUAUGGUUUUGCUGUUUAUUAUUAACAGUUCAGGGUACAUGAAAAGAUGAGUGUGUGUGACAAUAGUGUGGCCAAUAACUGUAAAAGAAUCUUAAUUCAAUGAAAUAGCUUUAGUUUCCUGGAAGAAACUUGAAACUGCUUUUAUACUGUGUGGUCUGAGCAAUAUGUAUUUUUGUCUGGAAUAUUUAAAAUUGUGAGAUUUAUUUAUUUUCAGUAUUUAUUUCUAAUAUGUGUAUAUUGAUAUUUGAUUAUACAUUUUAUUUUUGUGAAGUAAUUUCAAUGCAUAAUUAAAUACACUUUGUUUAUUCACUUUUAA